UAAUUUAGAUGGGCGGGUCCGACAGUGCCGAUCGCAGAAGAGGAAGCGCGAGCCAGAUGAUCCGCGUUCGCCUCUAGCGCUGACUUUAUGCUUGAGUAACGUUAGCAGAUUCACAACAGCGCGGACCUGCCUUCAGUUCUUUAGCAGGAGUGCCCUGGCCGGCAGGCCGACUGUUAGCCAUGCUGCGGCAGCAAGAACCCACGGUCAGCACCCUGCAUCUGGUGGCCAAUGAUAUGACCGAUAUCAUGGAGAACUUGGACACACGAGAACUCGACAUGGGCGAUGGGGAAGAGGAGUUUGACAGCCAGGACCCCAAUAGUUCAGAAAACCGCAUCCCCUUCUCAGCUGUGUAUAAAACAGUAGGCUUUAAAGAGACCGGGGCACGUGUAUUUCUUACCGCGCUUCCCAUCACCGCCAAAAUCCUGGAGGUGGAACGCUUCACUUCCUCACAGGAUCGCUUCAACAUCACCUACCAGAGAAGCGUCUCUAAGGUGCUUCCUGCAGUGUUUAAGAUAGAGAUGAGACACGGGAACUUCACCUGGUUGAUAAAAAGGAAGGAGAAACAUUUUAUGGAGCUUCACAGGGAACUACGCACCUACAAGACCCUCCUCAGAAUUCCACUGCCGUCCCGCAGUCACGCGGAGCGGAGGCACACUAUAAACAGGAACCUUGAAAGAAACAUGCCAAGUCUACCCCGGGGAGGAGGUGAAGAACUGGCCAGGGAAGAGCAAGUGUCUAGUCGAAAAAGACAACUUGAAGACUACUUGAAUAAGCUGCUAAAAAUGCCAAUGUAUAGAAACUACCAUGCAACAAUGGAAUUCAUUGAUGUGAGUCAGCUGUCUUUCAUUCAUGAUUUGGGACCAAAAGGCUUGGAGGGCAUGGUUCUUAAAAGGUCGGGGGGUCACCGUAUUCCUGGACUGAACUGCUGUGGCCACAGUAAAAUGUGCUACCGCUGGUCUAAACGGUGGAUGGUUGUGAAGGACUCUUUCCUUGUCCUCAUGAAGCCAGACUCAGGUGCCAUCUCUUUCGUCCUGCUGGUGGAUAAGGUGUUCGACAUUAAAAUGGAAACUAAAGACACCGAGACGAAGCACGGUGUCCGUAUAGACUGCCUGUCCAGGACUCUUGUGCUGAAGUUCACGAGCUACCGUCACGCUCGCUGGUGGGGGCAGGCCGUCGAAGAUUUUGUGCGCAAAUACGGCAGCAAUUUCCUUAAGGAUCACCGCUUUGGAUCCUUCGCCAAUGAACAGAAGAAUAUCCCAUCUAAAUGGUAUGUGAAUGGGAAGCAGUACAUGGAGGACGUGGCGAAUGCACUGGAGGAGGCAGAGGAGGAGAUCUUUAUCACCGACUGGUGGCUGAGCCCUGAGAUCUUCCUCAAGAGACCUGUCGUUGAGGGCAACCGCUGGAGACUCGAUUCCAUUCUGAAACGGCAAGCGCAAAAAGGUGUGCGGAUCUUUGUGAUGUUGUACAAGGAGGUGGAAUUGGCUCUUGGGAUCAACAGCGAAUACAGCAAACGGACACUACUACAACUUCACCCAAAUAUCAAGGUAAUGAGGCAUCCUGACCAUGUCUCCUCUUCCGUGUACCUGUGGGCGCAUCAUGAGAAGAUUGUAGUGAUCGACCAAUCGGUGGCUUUCGUGGGAGGCAUUGACUUGGCGUACGGACGCUGGGAUGAUGUGGAGCAUCGGCUGACUGACAUAGGAAGUGUUACCAGGACUCUUCCCGUGUCUGCAGAGAUCACUUCUGAAGGCUCUCCCGCUAUGGCCUCUCAAUCAAACGGUUCCAGCACGGAGCACACUAACGGCAAAAGUUUGCCUGUUGACACAGUGGACCAGCCGAAACUGAAAGGACAGGGCAAGACAAAGAAGACCCGAUUCAGCAUCCGCAGGCACCUGCAGAAACACGGGCUGGCUCCUGCAGACAGCGUGAGCAGCGUCGAGAGCUCUGAAGAAAGUUAUUCUAACAGUAUUUGCAGCCACCAAAAUUUGAUCCCUCUUAAAUGGAUUGAGCUGAGGGUGUCCAUGCCCUCCUGCUUGUGCCCAAGUGAGACUGAAGCGGCACAAGAUCUGCAAGCAGAUGUGAUUGGCCUGAUGGGAAACACGCGGUUCUGGCAUGGCAAAGAUUACUGUAACUUUGUUCAUAAGGACUGGGUCCAGUUGGAUAAACCUUUUGAUGAUUUCAUUGACAGGCACAUAACUCCCAGAAUGCCUUGGCAUGACAUUGCCUCGGUGGUUCAUGGGAAAGCAGCCAGAGAUGUUGCACGUCACUUCAUUCAGCGCUGGAAUUUCACAAAGAUCAUGAAGCCCAAAUACAGAUCCCUGUCGUACCCAUACCUCCUUCCUAAAUCUCACACUACUGCGAAUGAGAUCAAGUAUCAGGUCCCUGGCUGCACCCAGACUAAUGUCCAGGUGUUACGAUCUGCCUCGGACUGGUCAGCGGGUAUAAAAUACCACGAGGAGUCGAUUCAUACAGCUUACGUCAACGCAAUUGAAAACAGCGAACACUAUAUUUACAUAGAGAACCAGUUCUUCAUAAGCUGCGCAGACAACAAAGUCGUUCACAAUAAAAUCGGAGAUGCCAUUGCCAAGAGGAUCAUUAAGGCAUAUCGGGAUGGUAAAAAGUACCGCGUGUAUGUGGUCACACCACUGCUUCCUGGGUUUGAGGGGAACAUCAACACUGGAGGAGGCAGUGCCAUACAGGCAGUCAUGCACUUCAAUUACAGGACAAUGAAUAGAGGAGACUGCUCCAUUAUCUCUCAGCUGAAGAGAGAAAUGGGUGAUCAGUGGAUGAAUUACAUCUCAUUUGGGGGUCUGAGGACCCACGCUGAGCUGGAGGGAAAGUUGGUGACUGAACUGAUAUAUGUGCACAGCAAGAUGCUUAUUGCCGAUGACAACACCGUCAUCAUUGGUUCUGCUAAUAUCAAUGACCGGAGCAUGCUGGGUAAGAGAGACAGUGAGGUGGCCGUCAUCUUUGAGGAUAUCCACACUGUGAAGUCAGUGAUGGAUGGUCAGGAGUAUCAGGCCGGACGCUUUGGAUUGAGCAUGCGGCUGGAGUGUUUCAGGAUGAUUCUUGGCGCCAACACUGACCCCAGCAUUGAUGUGACGGACCCUCUAAGUGACCAGUUUUACAAGGAGGUGUGGAUGACCACCGCUGCCCGCAAUGCAACUAUUUACCAGAAGGUGUUCCGCUGCUUGCCGUCCAGUGACGUUCGGUCAAUUUUAGAGCUGGAUGGCUUCCUCUCUAAGCCUGGUUUGGAGAAGGAGGACCCUGCACGUGCUCAAGAGGAGCUGAAGAAGAUUCGAGGCUUCCUGGUGCAGUUCCCUCUCCAGUUCCUCAGCGAGCAGAACCUUCUGCCACCCAUCGGAUCGAAAGAAGCCAUGGUGCCCAUGGACGUGUGGACAUGAGAGAACCUGCCCACAUCACCCGAAUAAAAACUGAAACUGCAAAUCUAGCAAGUGUACCAGGAACGACCUAAGCUUUCUUAUCAUAUAAUAAACACUUCUGAGACUGAAAAUGAGAUCUGAAGGCACUUCAGUUAUAAGUUGUUUACCAGAUUGGUUUGUUUCAUCCCUGAUUGUCUAUAUAUUCUAACACUAUGCAACUAAUAUUAAUUUAUGAGCUACUCAUAAAUCUUAUAAAAUGGUUAUAUGGAUCAUUUUGUGGUGUCCUGAUUGGAUGCUGUAUGUUGGUUUUGUGCCCUGUAACAUGCACUGAAUAGGUAUUAUUCUCUGCAAUUAAGUGCCAACUAUGUAUGUGAAAUUACAUCUUUUCUCAAUAUAAAGUGGAAACAUUUCUCAUGUACUAUAUCUCGAGGUAAUUUAUGGUUAUUUGAUAGUGGACGUGGUCCAUUAAAUGUUGCUUUCCUAUGGUAUGAAUUGCCAUGUUUUGGUGGCCUUAUUUCUUAACUGUGUUCUUAAUGCUGGUUGUGAACUAAAACCCACCAAAGCAUUUGUCUUUUAUGACCAAACCAAGUUGUUUUCAUAAGACUAGUAUUUAGACUUCUCCCCAUUAUUUGUCCAAAUUGUACAUAAACUGUAAAAACAUGCCUGGAGCUUUAAGAAGUUUACUGUCCGUGCUUGAAGUAAUGAAAUCAUUGCUCGUGACAUUCCAUUUAAAAGUACUGAAUCGGCUACAACUGCUACCAUUUAAAUAAACUGUCCAGGAUUUUCAUGUCACUGUAAAGGCCGCAGCAUGUGUGUCCUGCAUUCUGAGUAUCCAGCAAGUAUCUUCUAACAGUUGUUAGUCAAGCACUUAAAUGUCUGCACUGCUGACUGUGUACAGUAUCUGCACUUUUACUUCAGAAACUAAUUCCUGUUCUGUUCUUUGUCACCUUUUCCUCAUGUAUUUUCCCCAUUAAUUGCAUUUUUGCACACAAUGUGUAUCAUCAAAAACACAAAUGAUCUGUGUUGGGAUGUUUAUGAAAUAUGUGAAUUGAUGUUAUACAGAUGAUUAAACCAUAAUUUUCACACUA